CGUGGCCGCCCGCCCUGGGGUGAAUCGGCCCCCGGGCUGCGGGAGGGGUGUGCCCCGGGUGUGUCAGCGCGGCCCGCCUCGUACUCCCCGACUUCUGGAACCCCUGGAGGCUAGCUCCCAGCUGUGGUCCUAUUUGCUCCUUGACCACCUCUCUCUUCUGGGCCUUCAGCUCUGAGCCCAGUGCCCAGCCAUGGCGUGCCCCCUGGAUCAGGCCAUUGGCCUCCUCGUGGCCAUCUUCCAUAAAUACUCGGGCAGGGAAGGUGACAAGAACACUCUGAGCAAGAAGGAGCUGAAGGAGCUGAUCCAGAAAGAGCUCACCAUUGGUGCGAAGCUGCAGGAUGCUGACAUUGCAAAGCUGAUGGACGACCUGGACCGGAACAAGGACCAGGUGGUGAACUUCCAGGAAUAUGUCACCUUCCUGGGAGCCUUGGCUUUGAUCUACAAUGAUGCCCUCAAGGGCUGAAAAUAAAUCAGGAAGGUGGAGACACCCUCCAUCGGGCCUGCCUAAGUCAGCUCCAGUGGUGGGUAACUGUUCAAUAAAUAUCUUUUUUUGGUCAA